AUGGAAAGCAUGCAGCCGAUAACGACAAAGCACUGUGCUUCAAUUGUGGCAAACAAAUAUCGAGUGAUACGCAAUAUUGGGAAGGGCGCAUUCGGCGGCGUUUACUUGGGCGAGUGUAUUAAGAACGGCGAUGAGGUGGCCAUUAAGUUCGAGAACGCCAAUGCGCCUGGGAGCCACCUUGAUCAAGAGGCCCGUUUAUAUCGUUGUUUAAAUGGUGACGCCGGCUUUCCACGCAUGCGCGACUUUGUUCAGGAUACGAAGAAUAAAAUGUUGGUUAUAGACCUGCUCGGUCCAUCGUUGGAGGAUCUCUUCAACUAUUGCAAACGUCAUUUUACUGUCCAGACAGUUGUGAUGCUGACCAUUCAGAUGAUAUGUCGCCUGGAGUAUGUGCAUUCAAAGUGUUUCAUUCAUCGUGAUAUUAAGCCCGAUAACUUUCUCAUGGGCAUCGGAUCCAACUACAACAAUCUUUUCCUGAUUGAUUUUGGCUUGGCCAAAAGAUAUUGCGAUCCAAAAUCGCGCAUCCACAUAGUUUGUUGUGAAAAACAGAGCUUUGCGGGCACGGCUCGCUAUGCCUCGAUCAACACCCAUCUGGGCAACCAGCAGUCGCGUCGUGAUGAUAUGGUAUCCCUAGGCUAUGUCAUGGUAUACUUGGGUCUGGGCUCACUGCCCUGGCAGGGCCUCAAAGCCAACAGCACGCAUCAGAGAUUGGAAAAAAUCUUCGAAGUGAAGAAGUCCACUUCGAUCCCGGUGCUCUGUAGCGGCUUACCGCCUGAGUUCGCAAUGUAUUUGAAUUAUAGCUCAUUCCUUUCUUGUUUAGAUUUCGAUCAGCGGCCAGACUACAUACAUUUACGACAAUUAUUCUAUAAACUGAUGAGAUCUCUCAAAGGUGAACACAAUUUCGUUUACGACUGGAUAUUGCUAAGAAAUAAAAAUGACACUAGUCGUCAGACAGAGCUAUUGGGCCAGCCUGAUGGUGAUAAAGAAAACGAAAAAAGGAGCCAAUGUGAACCCACGACCCACAAAAAGAAAAAAUCAGAAUGA